AUGGAAACAGUAGCUCCAUUGGACUCAUUCAACACUUUCCAAGGCUACUCCUCUAGCGAAUCAAAUACCAACAACAGAAGCAGCUUAAGUAGAACCCCGUCUUUUCUUAACAGUAAUCUUGAAAUCAGAAACACAGAUGAUAUUAACCACCAUUUCAAGCAUCUACUACCUUUUUCCAUUGAAAUAAUGGAUAAAAUAAUAGGCUAUGCCUAUUAUUUAGAUGCUCCAAACGUUAUCCAUGAGGGUGAUAGUAAUAGUGAUGAAUUUCAUAAUGAAAAAAUUACAAUUCCAAUAGACUCAAGCAAUUUAACGAAAGGUCGUUAUUCGAAUCUACACAACUUAAUGCAGGUGAACUCAGGGUUCCAUUUCCUCUGUCUUCAAUAUCAGUAUAGGUAUGCCAAGUUUAUAAGGUCCUUUAAUUUCAGCAAAUUCCUAUUCAAUCUAAUAAAUACAAAUGAUUUGGGGAAUUAUGUUAAGUUCUUAGAUUUCCAAGAAUUCACAGCUGUUGGUUUAGGUAAGUCGGUUGAAAACAUAGUCAAAAUACCAAACCUAACUAGUGUAACAUUAUUAAAAUGUUUACAGCUUUGUCGUUGUAACUUGAGCACAUUACUAUUAAGUGAAAGUAUUGAUACUGACAUUGACUACGAAAUUAUUGAUUUUAUAUUUAACGGACUGAAAAGUUUGAGGAACUUGGAUUUUUGUGGUAUCUCAAAUAACAGCUUGAUUGAAUACUUCCAAAGACUAAGAAUAAAUGAAACUUUGAAGAUUGAAAAUUUAUCAUUUCAUGAAUGCAUGAAUAUACCAACCACGAUUUUUGAGAAAAUAUUAUUAUCUGCAGAUAAUUUGAAAAGAUUGGAUUUAUCGCAUACACAAAUUACACUUGAAUCGUUGAUUAGCUCAUUAAGCCCAAACAUUAGAUUGACACAUCUAUCAUUGAGAAAGUGUGCGCAAUUGGGCACAAUCAAAGGACUAUUCAAAUUAUUACAACAUCCUUCGAUUGCUGGUGAUGAGUUAGAACCAUCUCAAAUGAUUUGGCUAAAUAUUCAGCACUGUUUCUCAAGUGACACACUAACAGGUGAAAGGAUCGACAAACUAGUCGAUGUUUUAUCUGAUAACGCGCCUAACUUGAAGUAUUUGAAUAUGAACGGCUAUGCAAAUGUGAACACCGACCAUUUAUUAAAAAUAUCGGAGAAUUUCAGGAAUCUAGAAAGUUUGUCACUAAGUGAUUUGAAUAUCAAUUACUGGGAUUUCAAAGAUUUGGAAAUUUUGAAGAAUCUGAGCAAUAUACAAAAUCUAAAGUUUUUGGAUUUUUCGAAUUCUUUGUAUAAUUUCACAAACUUGAAGACGAUUAUUGAACAUACGAAUGUUUUGGUAUUGGAGGUUAAACCAAGGUUGAGUGACCUUCUGUCACAUAUUUUCCAAGUUAAAUCUCAGUUCUGGCGUGUCUUCAAUAAUAAAGGUAUAUCACGCAGAUGUUGGGUUCAUUUAUUGAACAAUAUCAAAGAAAGCGAAUAUUUUGAUAACUACGAGAAUGAAAUGAGCGGCUCUAGAUUAGUCGAGUGGAAUUCAAAUGGUGAUCUAGUGCUAAGGAAAAUCAAGAAGGUCGAUUGGCUUGGUUUGGCAUGUGUCAAAGUCAAUUGCUUUAGCGAUCCCUGUGACGAAAACAGCGAGAUAGAUAAGGAUUUUGGAAAUGACAAAAGUGUGAGAGGCUUGUACAAAUACUAUGCUCUAAACGUAUAA